AUGGUACUAUAUUUUUCAAGUAUGUUAGAGUCAGAUAAUGGUGAUAUUACUGUCGAUGGUAUGAAUAUUACAUCAAAUAUACAAAAUAUUCGAAAAAAGAUUGGCUUUUGUCCACAAUAUGACAUUCUCUACGACGAAUUGUCUGUGAAAGAACAUUUAGAAUUAAUUGCAAAGAUGCGCCAUAUAGAUAGACAUCAAAUAGACAGUUGUGUUGAUGAUAUUCUUCGUAAAAUCAAUUUAGUAAAUGACAAACAAACACUAGCAAAAAAUCUUUCUGGUGGAAUGAAGCGUCGCUUAUCUGUCGGUCUAUCACUUAUAGGAGAUCCACAGGUAUUAAUAUUUGAUGAGCCAACUAGUGGAAUUGAUCCCGCGAAUCGUCGUGAAAUCUGGUCUAUUAUAAAAAAUUUGAAAAAAGACGGUCGUUGUGUCAUACUGACAACUCAUUUCUUAGACGAAGCAGAUGUUUUAUCCGAUCGAAUAGCAAUUAUGACAGAUGGCAAACUUCAGGCUUGUGGAACAACUGAAUUUUUAAAACAACAAACUAACUUACAAUAUCAUUUGUUUAUCGACAAAAUUGAUUCUUUGUGUAAAGAAGAAACGGUGACAAGGUAUGUUAAAACAUACGUCAAUAAUGCAAUAUUAGAAAGAGAAUCGACAACAGAAUUAAUAUAUGGUAUUCCACGUGGAGAAGAGACGGGAACAUUUACUUUGAUUGAAACACUCGAUGAACCCGAAACUAAACGGAAUAUUGAAAUUACUGGUUAUGGUAUAUCGAUGAUAACGAUCGAAGAUGUUUUCUUGCAACUUGUGCGAGAAGCUCAGGCAAAUCACGGACAUUUUGACGAAACUAAAGAACGUUUAGCUGGUUCAGGUAAGAAUUUAUUGUGCAUUAGAUCAAUGUAUAACAUAGAGGUGGCAUCACAAUAUACGAGUUUUUGCCUUUCUGAUUGAAAGCAAACCAAUAAUCGUACACUUGACAAACAUUUCACAGCUCUCUUGCAUAUUCAUUUCGAUAGAGCUGAGACGUU